UGCAUUCGUCGUAAAUACCCAGAUAGGUUAUUUUUUAUUACUUGUAGGAGUUUUAGGUACAAUACAUACAGCAGCGAUCAAUCGAUUAAUACAAAAACUAUAGAUCAAAUCUAGAUCUACUUCAAAACUUCAAUCAUUUCUACCAAACGAAAAAUGGAACUGAAUAUUUCAUUCCUCUCCGGGUUGGGUUGCGGUCUUUGUCUAGGCCUGUCCCUGUUUGCCCUUAGGAAAUAUCUCGGAGUAUUCUCAAACACGAGCAAAGCCGUGGAAAUUAUUAAAAAGUUUAAAUCCAGGUCCGAAUACAAACUCGUACUAGUGGUCCGAACAGACUUGCAGAUGUCCAAAGGAAAAAUAGCAGCUCAAUGUGGCCAUGCGUCAGUAGGAGCCUUUGAAAAAGCUCAGCGGAAGGACCCAGAAGGCUUAGAGCAGUGGCAGAUGACCGGACAAGCCAAGAUCGCCUUAAAAACAGACUCCGUUGAUGAAAUAAAGAAGUUAGCAGAGAAAGCAAAGAAACUGGGAGUAGUUACUUCAAUGAUCAGAGAUGCCGGGCGCACUCAAAUUGCCCCCAAUUCUAUAACUGUUCUGGGAGUAGGGCCAGCUCCUAAAGAAGUUAUUGAUGAAAUCACUGGACACUUGAAACUUCUGUGAGAAUUGACAAUAAUUUUAAGUCACUCUUCUGAAGUGAAACAAGUAAGUUCUUUGAGACAACAUGUUGUUGAGCAUUUAUUUUAAGUACUGAUGUUAAUAAAUCAUAAUUGUUAACUGUAAAA